AUGGAGGUCAGCAAUAUAUUGAAAAUGUUGAAUUAUGCGGGCAUUCAUUUUAGAAAAGAUGGAUUUAGUAGGUUUAAAGAGUUGUAUGGAUCAUACAUUGACAAAUCCCUUCUGGAAAAAUUUGUGUAUUUCGCAAAAGAACUUGCUUAUGAAUAUCUAGAGAAAGAAGAAGUCGAGAAAAUAACUGAGAUGAUCAAGCAAGGAAAAUAAUCAAAUUCCUUUGAUUAAGUUACAAUAUUAUAAGAGAGAAUAAGGAAAUCAAUAAUCGUAUUAGAGUAUUUCGAGUUAGACAGAUUUACAUUUUAAUGCAGUCCUAAGGAUAAAUGUAAUAUGCAAUUGAAUAGAUUGGCACACAUUACCUAAUUGUUGAAAUAAGACCCUCGUUAUGUAUUUGGUUAUUAAAGCAACGAUGAAAUUUCAAUUAGUUCAAUUGGUACUGCAAAUGGGUCUACAGAUAAAAUCUAUUAUAUAUUGGGAAUAUUGAUAUAACUGGGAAAUCAUUAUUAUUUGAGUGAUGGAGAUGACAAAAUUAAGAUAAAUUUAUAGAAUGCUCAUAAUAAGAGUUUUUUCAAAAAUGACAAAGUUGAAUAAGUGGACAUUGGAUUAGCAAAUUUGGGAAGUGUUUUGAUGAUGGUAGGAGAGUGGAACGAUCAUCAUGGAUAUUUUUAGGUCACUAAUUUUACUAUUCCCUUUUUUAAUUUGAAGAAGGAGAUUAAAUCACAAAUGAAAAAUUCAGACUUGAAAGAAAUAUUGUAAUUGGACACUUUUGGAGUUUACAAUAAAAUCCUUAAGUUUAGUUCUGCACAAGAGUAUUAAACGAUAGAGAGAUAAAAAAGUUUAAAUAUAUUUUUGAAAGAUGACUUUGAUAAAAUGUGGAUACUGUCCAAUUUUAGUUUUGAAAGCCUAUUAUCGAUCCAAUCAUUUGAAAAUUUGAUUAAACAAGCAAUAGAGUAUAAGUUGCCACCUCCAGGUGCAAUAUUUUUUUUGGGGCAAUUUUCUAGUCAACAAAUUCCAAAUCAUGAAUCACUGUAUGGGAAUGAGUUGGUAAAGAUUAUUAAACAUUUUACUGAUUAUCUACAGAAAACCUUACUAUUUUUUAUACCUUCAUAUAAUGAUUUUCCAUUAGCAUAUUCUAUGCCAAAAACACCAAUUAAUUUGACCUUGUAUAUGAAGGAACCAACAUAGAUGAUGCAUAGUUUGAGUAAUCCUUGUAGGCUAUCAAUAAAGGGGUUCAAUAUUGUUAUUACUAGGAAUGAUAUUUCUAAGGAAAUAAGAAAGAAUCAUAUCCAAUCAUUUUAGGCUGGCCAUGAACAUCUAUGUGAAACAAUCAUAUCCUAACAAUAUUUGGGAACAUUUUAGAGCAACCAGAUUUGUUAUAAAUGGAAUUAUGAUUUUGCUAUGCUACUUGAUCCCAGUGUUGAUUUAGUUGUAUUAUGUGAUUUAACAGCUGAUUAAUUCAAAUACCAAACGAUUAUUAAUGACACCUAAGUCAUGAAUCCUGGCAAUUUUUAAAAAUUAGAUUUUGGAAUAAUAGGUUUUAAUAACAAAAAAUAAACGAUGUCUUGUUAAACUGCUAAUUUGAAUUAGAAAUGA